AUGGGGUGCAGCUGGCUUUGGUUUCAUCCGCCUUCCAGCGACAUCUGGGCAGAAGCCGCCGAGAGAGCUGCAGAGCUCAUGCGUCUUGAUGCCAGCCAAGGUUUUCAGCUUGAUCACUGCCUGCUCCGAGUCCGUGUCUUCUGCAUGCCAGAGAAAGGCAAGUCCAGCUUCUUACUGUAUUUCAAUGUGCAUCACGCUGCCUUCGAUGCCCUGUCUCAGGCUUUGCUUGAGAAGGAGUUGCUCGAGCUUCUCACCUCCGACACGCCCUGCCCUGCACCAUCGCUGCAGUACUCAGACUAUGCUGUCUGGCAGCGGGCUUUCUUGGCUGCCGGCGAGGAGCAGCGCUGCCUCGACAUUUGGGCCUCGGAGCUCGCAGGUGUUGGCCUCAGCCUUCGCCUGCCCUUCGAUGCCCCGCCUCGGAACGAAGGCACCGGAGCUGGCGAGCUGGCCUUGGCCCCAGUCUCGGAGUGGCCGGAAGAGAGCCUCGCCGCCCUGCGCAAGGCCGCGGCGCAACUGGGAGCCUCAGAGAUGGCCCUGCUGCUCUCGCUGUUUGGACUUGCUCUCGGAUGCCGCUGUGGCCAGGAGGAGCUGCUGGUCGGGAUCCCGGAGGCUGGUCGGAGCAAGACUCCUGAGCUGCAGAAGAUCCUGGGCUGUUUCGUGAACACGCUGCCGAUUCGCUUGCAGCUCUUUGGAGAGGCAUUCGGGGCCGAUCGAGGCUACAGCUUCGGCCAGCUCGUGCAGAGGACUCAGGGCCGCCUGCUCACGGCCCUUGAUGCAGCUGCCCUUCCCUUUCAAAGACUCGUUGCGGAGCUGCGAAAGACCCGGGGAGAGGAGAUGGAUGUCCAGAGCGAGCGGAAUCCCAUCGUCCAAGCCUUCUUCCAGCACGUGAUUCCAGGUCAGUUUGCAGAGGACUCAUUGCGGGAGCUUGCGAGUCAGAAGGGCCUGGAAGUCGAAGACUUUGACUUCGGUCGGAUUACGACGGCAGCCAAAUUCGAAGUCAGUCUUCAGACAUCAGCUUUGGCCAACGGCAUCUGUCGUGUUCGAUGGGAGUUCAUGAGGGAGGUUCUGCCUAGAACCAGCAUUGAGAUCCUGGAUCGCCACUUGCAUGCCAUGACACAACGCUUGGCAGCAUCCGAAUCGCCGGAGAAAAUGCUCACAGCUGAGCUUGGCCUGGCUCCACAUGAUGAGCGACAAGCCUUGCACAGCUGGGCCUCAAGCCAGGCACUGCCUUUGCCCGACCUGCGCGUGGAGGGGCUAUUUCUGCAGCAAGCCAAGCGCACUCCGAAGCAGAGGGCUCUUUCAUCGGACGGGGUCAGCUUGUCCUAUGAAGCUUUGGCAAGGGCGGUUCGUGGAUUGGCAAGAUCGUUGAGCACAGCUCUGAAAGAGGCUCCUGGCCACGACCCGACUCAUCAGACCGUCGUGGCCGUGUUUGCAAAUCGAUGUCAGGAACUCCCGAUUGCUCUGCUGGCCGUGCUUUUGACGGGGGCUUCAUUCCUUCCUCUGGCACCAGAGAACCCCUUGGAGCGGCUGUGUUUCAUGGUGUCCCAGGCCCAGGCAGCGGCACUUCUUAGCACAAGGUCUCUCGCCGAGGCCGGGCUCCGGAUCGUGAGCCAGAGCGACCGCCGGAUUCAGUUCCUCGAAGUUCCGGUCAUUGAAGAUAUGGACCAAACGGAGCAAGCUCCCAUUUCACGUUCUGCAAAGUCAGCGGCGGCUUAUGUGCUCUUCACUUCGGGUUCGACUGGCAAGCCGAAGGGUGUCUUGCUUUCUCACCGGGCACUGCUCUCGCACCUCUUGCCCUACAUUCGCACUCUGGGGCUGAAGGGGUCAGAUCAGGUGCUGAUGACUAGCUCCUUCUCUUUCGAUAUGGCCUACUCACAGAUAUUUGGUGCACUGCUAAGCGGAGCAACUUUGAUGCUGACGAAGGAGAACCCCAUGAUGGAUCCGUCCGAACUCUGGGGAAUCAUGAAAAAGAAGACUGUGACGUUCACAACGGUCGUGCCAUCUGUCCUGUCAGCCAUGGUCCACCUCACAACGGAGCCUUUGGCACUUCCAAGCCUCAGACAUUUGGGCUGCGGUGGUGAAGCUCUGGCGUCUGCUGCGAAGGAAUACUACAGCCGCGCCCCGACAUCCCGGGUGCUAUUGCACAAUCGCUACGGCCCAACAGAGUGUGCCAUCAAUGCUUUACUGUUUGGGCCCAGCCCUUUACAAGAACUCGCGGGGGAAGAUGUGCCGAUCGGCUGGGCCUCAUCCCACCGGCACGUGCAUCUGAAGACCGAAGGAGAGGCCUGCGAGCAAGACCUGUUGAUGCUCGGGUUGGGUGGAGAGCUCUUGCUGGCAGGUCCCGGCCUGGCACAGGGAUAUGUUGCGACACCGAAGCUUACAGAUCAAGCUUUCAGGGAGUCUUCUCGAGGUGCUGGGAAGAGCUACCACACCGGAGAUCUAGUGGCCCGGGAGCACUCCAAAGACGGCCUUCGCGGCUGCCUCCGGUUCUGUGGCCGAAAGGACCUACAGGUGAAGCUGCGGGGCCAGCGCGUGGAGCUGGCAGAGAUCGAGCGCGUACUUUGUCGACACCCUGCUGUGGAAGCCUCUGCUGUGCUCGUUGUGCCGGCAGGGUCAGAGAGCCACGAGAGCUGCAUGCUUGUGGCUGUGGUGUCUGCGGAGAAGGGGAAAUCCUCAAAGCUUUUGCCGGAGCUGCUGGAGAUCUGUGGGAGGAGUUUGCCUGGUUCCAUGGUGCCUCAGCGGAUUCUUUUCUGGCAGACCGCUGCAUGGUCACGCACGACCUCUGGCAAAGUAGACCGCCGAACCCUCGCUGCUUCGGUAGCUGCAGAGCUCAGAAAGGAGCGGGAAACCGGAGAGGAGAAGGUCCCCGCUUCGCAUGGGCAAGAAGAGGACUUACUAGCCAUACUCAGAGAGGUCACUGGCAGGGCGCCGACUUCACCUUCGCAGCCCUUGGAGAACUUGGGCUUAACGUCUCUCUCAGCUGUAAGGGUGGCCUCCAUGGCACUUGAUCGGCAGAUCAAAGUUUCCGUUCGCCAGAUGCUGUCGCCAGGGGCUUCCAUAGCUCGGCUUCUCGAGGAGUCGGCGCGCCUGAGAGUGGAAUCUUCCCACGCCGCCAUCCAGGAAGUGGUGGCCCUCCUAAUGGGCAGUGAGUCAAUCCGCUGGAAGCCUUUGGCACAGUCCGAUGGUCAAGCGGUGUGCGAGGUGUUGGUUUGCCCUGGGGACGGAGGCGCUGGGAUCGAUGGCUACCGUCCCCUGGCCCAGUCGCUGCUGGAGGGUGCGACAGCGGCAGUCAGUGCAGCGGAUGGCUUGCUCAGCGCGGAGUUUCAGCAUGCCGAGAGCUUGGAUGAUUUGGCAGAAGUCUUGCGGCAGAGGUGCACCAGCGAGCACAGGGACUUGAUUCUGUUGGGCCACUCCUGGGGUGCAACGCUGGCGCUGGUGCUGGCGCGUGGCCUCGUGGCUGCCGGAAGGGCUGUGAAGGCUGUUUGGCUGUUGGACCCCUCGGCAGAGCACCUGGCACCGCACUUGCCGACUCAUCCCGUUGCAGAGGAAGCUUUGAGCGACUUGCUGGCGAUGAUGCUGCGCUUGGUGUCUCAGGGCACUGCAGCAGCGUGGGAAGCCGCAAGACAAGUGCUGCAGGACGCAUACCAUGCUGCCUGCAUGGGCAACAUGACCGAUGUGCAGGAGGGUCUGGGUGGCAGUUGGCUGUGCGUGCAGCGUGCCACCACACGCAGGUCUCGCAACCUGGGCUUGCGGCCACUCUCUUUGGGUCCUCUGCCCGUGCCCAUCCAUGUGAUGCUGGCAAGAAGGGAAGGCGAGAGCAGCGCGGAUGCCAUGCGACGCUGUGAAGAAGUCGAGGAUCGACUUGGGCAAAUUUCCACAGAAAUUUCGGUUGCGUGGGCGUGUGGCGGUCACCAUUCAAUGAUCGAGCCUGCCAAUUGCGCUUCUUUGGUGACCGGCCUGCUUCAGUCCACAGACUUCCUGGCCUAUCAAUCUGCAGAGGACCUCUCGCAAGACUUCCACGGCAAGACUACCUUCUCGGUGGGCAAGAUGAUUGGUCAGGAUAGACUCGCCUUGAUUGACCUCAUGGCAUGUGCGCGCUUGAGGACACUGCGAAACUUUGAGCCAUGUCCUUGCGUGCUUUGCACGUCUCCGGAUGCGCGACGUUUCGGCUCCAUCCAUCAGCUCGCAGACGAGCGAAACAUACAGUGGAGCGGCGACUUUGCAGAGUGUCUCUCGAGUCAUCUCUGUGACCUCUUCGGUGCAAGCAGCAAGGAGGAAGCCUCGGCGCGGGAGGCCGAACUGAAGGCGUCCCAACCACGGGCAGGCGUUUGCCCGGUGCAGUGGGGCGAGCAGGACGUCGCAUUUCGGUGCCUGGACUGUGAGCUGGACAGCAAUUGCAUUCAGUGCUGCGAUUGCUUCUUUAAGGCUCAGCAUGAAGGCCACGAGGUGGCAGUGAUUCGGACCGUCGGCGGAAGCUGCGACUGUGGCGAUCCCUCGUCGUGGGCACCGGCAGGCUUCUGCCCAGAGCACUGCGAGACUCCGGAGAGGCAGCACGGGCGGUGUUCUUGA